GGCGCUUGAAACCUUCGUAGAUGGCGCUUGUUUAGCAGACGCUAAUCUUUGUUUAUAUUUACAUCAAUUUACAUCGAGUUUGACACUUGUCAUUUAUCACAUUAUUACAAUGUAUCACGUUAAAUUGUAAUUGUAAAUAAUGUGCAAAACAAUAUUAAUAAAUAAUCAUGCUUAUCAAUGGAAAUUUCUCACAAAUAUGUAGCAACGAAUAUUUAUGUGAACGCGGUGAAGUAAGAUCUUUCCUUGUAUAUGUCACGUUAUGUAAAUAAAUCUGUCAAGAUACAAUGGCAUUCUCAUUUAGAGCCGGCACCAAUUGGUGCCACGAUUUUCCAAAACUCGCCAGAGAGUCAGGAUUUUACUUCAACAUGCAUGGAUCUAGAGUACGAGUUGAUUGGAAUCGCAUAAGUGCUAUAGACAUUGAUAGACUUAUACGUGAGAGAGAUUUCUCUACUAUCGAUGAAAACAUUAACAAUGUAAUAGAUUAUUCCUUGGAAAGCGAGUAUGAUGUUAAGAUCUUAGAUUCUAAUUUUGUUAAAUUAUUCAGACUUGCACAACUAUCUGUCGAGUAUUUAUUAUAUUGUAAACAGUAUUUAGAUCAUAGUGUAAUAAUUCUGAAAGAUGAAUUACGACAGAAAAUAGAACAAAAUGUUAGUAUGAAAAAAGAAAUUGCUACAUUGGAAGACACUAUAAAGAGUUUGAAGGAUAGGUCAAAGGAAAAACGUAAAUUAAUUGAAGCUAAUGUUGGUGAAAUUUCUAAUGGAGAAAUUUUUAAGUGUCCUCAUUGUCCAAAAACAUUUGUACGUGCUAUAUUUGUAAAUGCUCAUAUAGCACGCAAACAUUCAUAUACCUCAGAUAUGAGUAUAGCUGCUUCACCUGUCCAUGAACAUUAUCGAGUAGAAACGGAGAAAUUGCACAAUGAGAUAAAAACAUUGAAGGAAAGACUGAAUCAAACUGAAAGAGUAAUAAGAAACGAGUCUGACAAACUGCUGGAUAACACAGAAAAAGACUACACGAAAAAUAUGAGUAAAAAUGAAUAUGAUAUCAGUAAAUUAGAUAGGCUUCAAGAGCAAAGAAGAUAUCAAGAAGAUAUAGGAAGUUUGAAAAAUAUGCUGUUUGAUGAGAUACGUGCACUAAGAGAAAAGGAUCAUGUUGUAAAUGAAAAUAUUUUAGAAACAAAUAUAAAAACUCUAAUUAGUCAACAAGAAAAGGAGAUUGAUAGUUUAAGAAAUCAACUUCUUGAAAGAUUGACUCCAGGCAUGGAAAAUAUGCAAGUUAAACUGCAAACUCAAGAGAAUUAUUGGAAAGCCAAAAUAGAAGACAUGGAAACUCAACAUCGCCGGGAUAUCGAAAGAUUGACUACAGAACUGAAAGUAACUCAGCAAAUAGCUGAUCAUGUGAAGUCUGAAUAUACAUCUAAGGUACAUGACUUAGAAAAACAAUCUAUGGAUCAAUCUAAUAUGUUGGUGGAACAAAGGAAGCAACUAAAUAGUUUGUCGCUUGAAAUCAGUAAUUCACAAACACAGAACAUCUGUAGAACUAGAGAAAAAAACAUGAUAGAAGAAUUUCAUAAAUCUCCUUUAUUAAAAACAAAACGCGACAGCAAUUAUAUAGAUGCCGAAACUCAUUGCAAGAGUUCAAACAAUAUUGGAAAUACCGAUAUAAUCAUUGAAGACAUUGGUAGUGAAUCUAGUCAAGAAUACAGAACCAAACCAAUAUCAAUUACAUCACAAAGCAAUUAUGUGCUUAAUAAAAAUAACUCAAUAAAAAGUAAGGAUAAUAAAAGGCUUAGCACUGAUCUGAGCAGAAUUGCAGAUCAUACUGUAAAAUCCAAUCUGAAAAGUACAGAGAGAGCAGAAGUGGUUAGAAAAUUAAAAAAUAAAGCAAAGCACGAUACAUUAAAUGAUGUAAAUAAAAUAAUUGAUUGUACAAGCAAGAGCUUUACUACCAAACAAAACAUUCCUGUUAAUGUAAAUAAAAAAUAUUUAGAUAUCACAAAUAUUGAAAAGGAAAGAACAUUGCAUUCCAAUGAUAUGAGAAAUAAUAAGAAAUCUGAGUUCUUGGGAAAACAUAGUGUAAGUUCUAUGACAGAGUCUGAAUCUUCGUCAUUGAUGUCAGAAUCAAGAUCCAGUAGUGAAAGUAUGAUAACAGAUGAUGAUAUUACAGUGAGAAAAUAUGAAACGUCUACAGUUAAAUCUCUCAAUAUCAGAAAGAUGUCAAUACAAGAAGAUGCACAAACCAUGUUGGAUAACCGACUGAGAGAUUUAGGAAUUGAUCCAGAAUGGCAGGGAAUACCUGCAGCAACGUUUAAGCAAAAGAUGGAGAUUAUAAAGCAUCAACAAAAUAUUAAUGCAAAGAGGCUACUUCGGUACAAUCAAAUAAAACAAAAAAUACUCGAAGAUGUUCUUCAAAGAAUAUCGGCAAAUCAUAAGGAAUCAAAAUGUUCUACGCCUGCGAAAAAUUCUCCAUUAAACAAACCAGUUACUCAGGUCAAAUCAAAGGCUUGGAAAGCAUUCAGCAAUCAUAAAGACAGCGAUGAAUAUACAUCUGUUCAGAAAACGGAAAACACAACGCCCUCGAAAUUGCAUCUGAAACAGAAGAUUGAGCUUCUUCCUAAGAGAUAUAAAGAUAAUGAAACAUAUGAGAAUACGCGCGAACCGUUAACGAAAAAUGGAGCAGAUGUUUAUACUAGCUCGAAAGUGAUUUCCACAAAUCCAAAAUUAAUUCGAAAUUAUUCCUCUGUGAGUUCUAUUGAAUCUCCUCAAGAGGAUAUAAAACAAAUUUCGUCUACAAAGAUAACUGUAUCUGAUACCAGUGCACGUAAAAUAAGUUCUCCGAUUGGCAGGAAACAGAUACCAUUGAAAUUUUUGAGUAAUAACGAUUCUGAUAGUACAGUCAUUCAACAAGACGAUUCAAUUCUAUCUCCGAAGAACAGUAAAAGUGUUCUGAAACCAAUGAGUGGUUCAGUCGGUAGUUUGGUAAAGAAAAAAGUUUUAUUCGACUUGGAUGAUAGAAAAGAAGAUACAACGAUGCCAGAAAACGACCAGAGAAAGAGCAGUAAUGAUUGGAAUAUUUCGAGUUCUCCUGAGAGAGAAGAAUAUGAAUUGCAGAAGGAGAAAUCCAUGAGUACGAGCAACAUUGUUUUAAAAACUUCGCAAAGCGAUAAAAUCGCGGAAAUAUCAAAGAAGAUACAAGAACAGCUGAGCAUUGCAAGAAAGCCACCUGCAGGAUCGGUUGAGACGAUUUUCCGAUCCAACAUGAAUUUACAGGAUCUAACAAAUUAUAAUACGGAAAAUCAUUUAUUGAAAUCGAUCAGCCUCUCGAGUUCGAUCUCGAACAAUCCUGUGCUGAAUGUUACGAGUCCAAAGACGAAAGACAUACUUCCACAACCUGCUCCUCGAACUCUGAAAGAUAAAGAUUUUACUGUUGCCCAGCAUAAAAGUGAAUUAAAGUAUUCUGAUUUGGAUUCGGAUAUAGAUGAAAUAUUACAGAUGGGAUAAGAUGUAUUAUAUCAGGAAUUGUUUGAGCUAUGUGCAAAAUCAGUGCCAUUUUCUUCAACGCCGCCGGUCCUGUUAAUAUCACCAGAGGAGGAUAGAUCUCGUCGUAGGGUUGAAUAUGGUCAUCCAUUUUGCUGAUAUUUAAUUGCUCCAACAACAUUAAUUUUGCUACUUUACGGGCCGCUGUUAAAUCCAGCGGCGACGCGAAUAGCAUGGCCGAUGUUACCUGAAGAAUAUUUAUAUUUGACAUAGCUGUAUAUAUAAUGCAUACAUUUCUCGAUCAAGACUUCACUUUUUCCGUCGUGAAUACUUCAACACCAUCGACAAAUCUAACGCUCGGAAUGGAGGAUAUCAGCAUGUUUCGAUAAUUAGGCCAUUUCGUGCAGGCGUUACCUGUCAAGUCGAUCUUAUUUAUCAUACCCUUCAGAUUCAGUACUUCCAACAGGUCGGUGAUUUUAUUAAAUUUUAGAUCUACGUAUCGUAAAUUGUAUGCAUCCUAAUUGUGUAUAAAAUGUAUAUAAUGUGUUUAAUUAUAUUGAAAUGGAAUUUGUCAAGUUUUGAAUCUGAAGGUUCAAUCAUUACUUUGAAAAAUUCCAAAGUGGAUAAUCUAUUGUAUCCCAGAAUUAUUACUUGUAGAUGAGGCAAUGUAUUUAUACCAUUACCGGGUGUAGCGGAUUUAAAUGAUGUUAUGCAAUUGCCUUCUAAAUUUAAUUCCCGUAUAUUCAGACCGUCCAAAUUUGUGAUGCAUUGGAUGAGAUUGUAGGACAAGUUUAAAUAUUGCAAGUGUCUAAAAUGGACCAAGUAAUAAUAAGAUAUACGAAUUGCAAAUACACAUCAUUUAUAUAUAUAUAUAUUUAUGCUAAUUAUGUAUAUGUCUAUAUAUACACAUAUAUAUUUACUUUAAAUUUUCAAAAUCAGAGAUGUUUUCUAUAAUGUUGUGAGAUAAAUUUAAUCUAACGAUGCUCCAACAAUUUUUCAAAUCGCCUAUAUUCGUCAUGUGAUUGUACGAUAAAUUUACGUAGGUAAGAUACCAAGGAAGUGCGAAAUUUGGCAAGUAUUCAAUGUUAUUAUGUGAUGCGUUUAGAUACAUCAGAUACGGAAGGCCGUCCAGAAAUGAUAAGCAAGAUAUAUUAUUAUAAGCGAUAUUAACGUAUUGUAAGUGAUGAUGAUACUGCAACAUGGUGACGUCUGUCAGAUUCUGAAAAGAGAAAAAUAGCGGGAAUAAAGUGUCGCAUUUUUGAGGAAAAAAAUGUAUAUUAUUC